AUGAAGAGGAAAAGACAAUCGAGCAAGCUGCUUGCUUUGACGAGCGCACUCCUGGUGACGCUGGUCGUCGCACAACGAGCCCAGUACGGGGCUGUUCCCUACGGUGUCGAGAUCCGCUCCUGUACACGGCCGAACAUGGUGGCCCUGACUUUCGACGACGGUCCCUCUCACCUCACACCGGACCUGUUGGAUCUCCUCGACAAACGGGGCGUGAGGGCGACGUUCUUUCUGAACGGCAACAAUAUGGGCAAGGGGCCCAUCACCGACAAGAGUCUCGGGCAUGGCUCUGUCAUCAGGCGCAUGUACCAGUCCGGCCACCAGAUUGGCAGCCACACCUGGAGCCAUAAAGACUUCAACGAGAUCUCGGACGAACAGCGGUGGGACGAGCUCGUGGAGCUGGAAGUUGCCUUGCUGGACAUUAUCAGAGUAUACCCGACAUACUUUCGGGCUCCGUGGGGACGUUGCAACGAGGGCUGCCAGGCUAUGCUCAGUGAGUUUGGGUAUCAUCUGAUCCAAUGGGACCUUGACACCAACGACUGGAAGCAAGACGAGCAGGCGUCCAGGGACACGUUUUCACAGACUCUCAACUCGCAAAACUCGGCCAUUGUCCUUGCCCACGAUAUCCACGAAAUGACUGUCAACAGUCUCGCUGCGUACAUGAUCUCCACGGCCCGGGCCAAGGGCUUUUCUCUCGUCACCGUGGGGGAAUGUCUAGGCGACCCGCGGAGGAAUUGGUACAGGACUGCCGGCUCCUCCUCCAAGACCAAGACCAACACCAAGACCAACACCAAUACACUCCGGAAACAGUGGCAAAAGCUCCAAGAGGGGUCUUCGUCAACAACGCCAGCAUCAUCGAACACGGCCACCCGGGGAAGCAUGAAUGAUCUCAGCGCAACCCCGAGUGUCGGCCUAUCCGUGUCCACGGUAGCGGGGGACAGUGACGCAUCGAAAGUCACACAGCCGAGCAGUGCAGAAAGUGCAGAGGAAGCCGACAAUGACAGUGGCGCGGCGGGUCUGAUGGCGGACUCGGCAUUGGCUUUUGCAGCUGUCGUGGUUCCUGUCGUCUUGAUGCACUGCUAA